UUUACAUUUUACACUCGUGUUUUUUCAACAAUGUAUUUUAUAAAAUGCCAAAUCGAAUAAAAUUAAUAAUCGUUUCCUUCUCUACUUUCGACGCAUAAGUAUCGAUUUGCAUGAAUUUAAAAAUGGCUGUGUUACAAGACCAUACCAAUGACAAAAAUAUGCCGGAUCAUAUUUUAUUGUUAAAUAGAAUUGACAUUAAAAAUAUACUAAAUUCACCUCUGAAAACCACUCAAAGAAUAAAAUACACUUGUUUGGAAGUAUCCCAGAACUUUGUCAUUUUUGGGGCUUCCAGUGGUGGAUUGUAUGUAUUUCGUAGAGAACCUUGUGAAUUUAUACAACUACUUCCAAAUAAAGAAGGGUCUGUGACUCAAAUUGCUGUAUCUAAAGAUGAAGAUCUCAUUGCAUUUGGUACACAAAAAGGCAUUGUUUGUGUUUUACAAAGAAAUGAAAAUGGAAUUGGUGCAAAGUUGAUAAAUAAGUCUACUGAACAUUUAGGACAUGAGAUCACUACUAUGGAAUGGACUUCAAAGAAUCAAAUAUAUUUUGGUGAUUGCAAUGGAAAAGUCACUUCAAUUUAUGUAUCAUUAUUUGUUCGAAAGGCUAUUUUCCAAACCCCACCGUAUACUAUGAUUGAACUGGAUUCAAGAGUAAUUCAAAUAGAUAGCUCUGAUGAUAUUUUAGUGAUCUCAACAUUGACAAGAUGUUAUGUUUGUGAUAUGUCCAAAGAACAAUUUAAACAAAUUGGACAAAAAACUAGGGAUGGUGAUUAUGGUUGUUGUAUUGUUACAUGGAAUGAAAAGAAAAUAUUUUCUGCACGGCCAGGUUCAAGGAUUUGGGAAGCAGAGUUAAACGGUAUUGUAAAAAGUACACAUCAACUGAAAUACUGUUUAGCCAUACCACCAACACUUAAUGUUAGUGCACAAAAACCAUUAGAUUUAUCAAGAAUUUCGGGUAAAAAUUGGCUACCACAGUCUUUGAAUUUUAAAAAACUAUAUACAAUUUGGGAUAAUUGUUUACUUACAUAUACAUCAAAUAGCAUAUUUAUACUGGAUAUGUUAAGAGUUAAUGUUUUAUUGUGGUGUGACGGAUAUAAUAAUAUACAAAACGUCAAAUACAUUGAAGAUACUAUAUAUAUAUGGUGCUCAAAUAGUGAGCUUAUUAUUGAAAAGAUUACUCCACUUCAAAAUUAUUUGGUUAAUUGUUAUGAAUGUGAAGAUUACAAUACCUGUGUUUCAUUAAUAGAACAUUAUUAUGAUAGAAUAAUAAGUACAAAAUGCAUUAUUAAUGAGUUAUACCCGCUUGUAAAUAUAGAUCAAAAAAUAGACUUGCCAGUUAAUACAAACAAUUUAAUCUCAAAAAUUAAAAAAACUUAUCAUUUAAAACAGCAAUUUUUUAAGUUGCCAUCCGGAAUUUACUCUUUAAAAAAUUAUGUAUACGUUAAAAACAAUUCUAGAUUACAAAGAAGUUAUAGUUUAAUUUCUAUAAAGUCUGAUAAACUUGUAUUACAUUACAAAUCUAUGCCAAAUAUACAUAUAAAUUUAGAAAAAGUUAAAAAGUCUGAACAGUAUCCAUCUAAUGAUUAUUCCAAGUUAAACAAUAAACAAGUUUUUGAUCAGAUGUAUAUGGAGUUAAACAUUCCUUCAAUUCCAUUUGUUUCAUUAACUACUUCUGAAGUAUUUCAUGAUACUCUAAUGGAAAUAGGGUCAAAUGUUACCAAUAAAAUUGCAAAAAGUAGUAAAACUCUUAAAGAUACAUUAAAUAAUCUAACUGCUAGUACAGGUAAAAAUAAUUUGGUGCCUUAUGAAAUAUCAAAUAUUAAUCGACCAGAACCACCACCUGUUGAUGAAAGUGAAGUAGAUGUUUCCAAUUAUAAAUUAGACCUUGGACAUCGUGAAAAACUCAAUUUACUUCCUAUUUUAAAAAUAUGUAAAAAACUUCAAAAUGGAUAUAAAUUAGAUGUAGACUGUUUACAACACUUGUGUAAUGGUGUAUGUGAAGUGAAAUCUAAUUUGGAAAAUGUAUUACAUAUUAAACAGCCAAUGUUUCCAUUUCAACAGUAUUUGAAAGAAAAACAUUUGAACACUAUUAAGAAAGCAAUUAAUGAUGGUUUCAUUAAUAAUUUAGUAAUAAAAUGGGCUGAAAUACAUGAAAAAGAUAUCCUGAUUGUCAAUAAAUUUGACUACCCAGAAUUUUUGACUUACUAUUUAGAUGAAAAUGAUUUUAAAAAAGAUCUGGAAGUCAGUGAGCUAAUUACAUUAUUUGGCCAAGUUAUAGAAGUAGGUAGUAUUUAUGAAUUUUUGCUCAAUGGUAACUUGAAAUGUGCUUAUGCUAUAUUUUGUAAGAUCUUGAAAAUGAAUUCUAAUAAUAAUGGAAAGAGCGAAGAACCAUUAUUAAUGUACUUAAAUUCAAUGUACGUAUUUUUGAGAUUGGAUCAAAUUGAAUCAUUCCGUGUACUUGGAUAUAAACGAAACAUCAAGCCAAUAUUUGUGUUUUAUUUAUUAAUAAAAUUUUCGGUUCAUUUAGAACCAAGUUAUCGCAAAAAAUGCAAUGCAAUAUUUUUAUCUUACUUAUCACACUUUGAUAAAAGUAUUUUUACUGAUUGUAAUAUUCUGUAUUAUGCUGUUUAUAGUUUUUUAAUAUUAAAUCAAGAUAAAAAACAUUUAUGUAAAUGUGGAUUUCCAUUAGAUAGUAUUAAUGGUAAAUUCAAAAAGCUUGGACAAAUACUUAUUGAUUAUUUAUCUAGUGCUGAAGUAAAUUUGGAACAAUUACAUAACAUUUUACAUAAAUUCACAAAAUGUAAUGUUACCACAAACUCUUUGGAAGAUGUAAUAAAAUGUUUUUGUAAGCAAGUGCCUCAUUUAUGGCCUGUUUUUUUAAAAUCUGUUAUAAAUCUGAAUGGUUUAAAGCAUACAAAAAUUAUUCUUGCUAUCCAUUUGGGAUUAGUGGAUCAAUUAGAUGUACAUAUAAUCAACAAAAAUGAAUUGUUGUUUGACAAACUUUUUACAUUAAAUCAUUAUUUUAAAAAUGGCCUUUGUUUGAAUUGUGGUAAUAUUGGAGAAAAAAAUCAAGGAAUUGCAUGGACUGAUUUAACAUCUUUAGCAUUUCAAUAUUUAAGUCAAGAAGAAACUAAAAGUUUACUCUUCAAACAUAGAAAUAAUAUACCACCCGGAGAUAUUGAUAAUUGGUUUUAUCAAAGUUUUAUUUUGACUCAGCUAGUUGAUUUAAACUUAAAGAAGGCUUUGAUCAAUACAUUAAAAUAUCAUAAUAAUAUAACAAUGAUAGGCACAGAGAAUUGUAAAAAUAUGUUAACAACUUUGGAAGAAGAAAUAGGUGAGACUAUUUCAUUUAAAAACCAAUUAUCAAAAAAAUCACACUGGGGUACGCAAAUUGAUGUAAAGAAUAGUAAUUGUAUUUGGUGUUCAUUACCAUUAAACUCUGAUCCUUUAAUUAGAGGUAAAAAUAAUGGACUCAUAUCAUUUAGAUGUGGACAUUCGUUUCAUACUGUAUGCAUUCGUCAUCAAACUGAUAAUAUUCAAUGUAUUGUAUGUCAAAGAAAAUACUAAAUAUGUUAGAAUUAAGAUAUAGAAGUAAAAAAAUUAUUUAUUUUAUAUUACUUAAAAAUACUAAUUAUAUGUUGUAUAAAGAAGCAUCUCAUGUUUAUGAAGUUAUCAAAAUAUGUUGAAACUAAAAUGU